UUCGUGCUUGAACCAGUGCAAAAUAUGUCAGAGGGCAAAAUGGAGUCUGUUUCUCAAAAACUACCUCCAGAAAGAGGCACCGUCCUCUCUUCUCCCAUCAUCUGUCUGGGAUCGAAUCGACAACCAGCAUGGCGGCCCCCCGAGGGGCUCAGAUAGCGGCUCGCCUGCUCACUCGAGGCUCCAAAUCUAUGACCGUGAAGCCCUCUCCCUUCAGCCCUAGACGGCAGCAUUCUGGCGUCCCAAGCAAGAAUCCGAUUACGAAUGCCUAUCUACACACUCGCUCUGGCCACCACGCCCAGGCAGCUGCUCCAGCACAAGAGGAGGAUGUUUGGGAACCCGCCGAACCUUCCAAUCCCGCCAUGGUAUUCCCGUGUCUUGACGCUCAGGAACAGAAGACGGCUGCAUUACAGAGCCGGUCGCUAGAGUCUGGCCCUGAGCCCUCUUAUACCACCGGUACUCAUGUGGUGUUUCAUAGUCCUGAGCCACUACUACUUGACUGGGGUGGUGUCCUGCCAGAAUUUGAAAUUGCUCAUGAGACCUGGGGAACCUUGAACGAAGACAAGAGCAAUGCCAUCCUCCUACACACUGGUCUAUCGGCGUCAAGCCACGCACACAGCACCAAGGCUAACACAAAACCUGGCUGGUGGGAGAAAUUCAUUGGACCAGGUGCACCUAUAGACACCAACAAAUACUUCGUCAUAUGCACAAAUGUGAUCGGCGGUUGCUUUGGUUCGACCGGUCCUUCUUCGAUCGACCCCUCCGAUGGGCAAAGGUAUGCCACAAGAUUUCCCAUAUUAACCAUGGACGACAUGGUACGAGCACAAGCAAGAUUGUUGGAUGGCCUUGGUAUCAAGCGAUUGUAUGCAAGUGUGGGGGCAAGUAUGGGCGGAAUGCAGAGUCUUGCUUUCGGCGUACAUUUUCCCGACCGAGUAGGCAAGGUCGUCAGCAUAUCUGGAUGUGCUAGGAGUCACCCCUAUAGUAUCGCGAUGAGGCAUACACAACGGCAGGUCUUGAUGAUGGAUCCUAAGUGGAAUCGCGGCUUUUACUACGACAGCAUCCCGCCCCAUUCUGGCAUGAAACUCGCCCGUGAGAUUGCCACUGUGACUUAUCGAAGCGGACCCGAGUGGGAGAACCGAUUCGGACGACGGCGAGCGGACCCGAGCAAACAGCCUGCAUUGUGCCCCGACUUCCUUAUCGAAACGUACCUUGAUCAUGCUGGGGAGAAGUUCUCCCUGGAGUACGAUCCGAAUUCGCUCCUAUAUGUAUCGAAAGCCAUGGAUCUCUUCGACUUGGGAUAUGCUCAUCAGGACAGGACCAGAAUAAGGCGGCAGCAGAACCUUGAAAAACUGAGCCAACGUGGAGGUCGGCCGGUACGGAAUGACGUCUCUUGCAGUCUGACAUUACCCUCGAAGAAAUAUGAAGAACAGGAGCUUACGGCUCCUAUGGAUGAGGCUGUUGAUUCUGUUGCGCCCGGGCCGCCUCAGGAUCUUGUUAGAGGUAUGGAGGCAUUGAGAUCACAUCCCGUAUUGGUCAUGGGCGUGGCAAGUGACAUCCUUUUCCCAGCCUGGCAGCAACGCGAAAUCGCUGAGACACUACGUGCCACGGGCAACCAUCAAGUGACCCAUGUCGAGCUAGGAGAGGAUAUCAGUCUCUUCGGUCAUGAUACGUUUUUACUAGACUUGAAGCAUAUUGGUGGAAAUCUCGGGACGUUCUUGGAAGGAUGACGCGAAGUGGAUGGGGCGUAUGGAACGGCAUCAUGUAGCAUUGAAUUGAUUCGAAACAUUACUAGUACAGAGAAUCUGCUUGCAAUGCUGUCUACAAUCGUAGCAGCGUGAGCAGUAAAUUUCCCUCGAUUGCGC